CUCAUUCUUCCCCCAUGCUACCAGCCAAGAAGACGUGUUUAAUACCUGCCUCCUGGCGAAUAUAUCGGUGAAAAUGGGGUUCUAGGUGCUCCCACGCGUCCGCACACGCAAGUGUGCUAACAGAAGUUAAGCAUAAUGGCGUAAGUACAUUUUUGCGCAGAAAUGCGAGUAAUAUAUGUUAGAGUAAAGUGUAAUUGUGUUCUUCCGUAUGGUGCGCUAUUAAGUCCUCUGUAUGUUUUUGGGCUAUUAUGGCCCUUCUCUCUCCGUUUUUGAAGGAGCGUGGUCGGGAAAUGAGUUAGCGUCGUGUAAGAUUUGCAAUUGUGGAGUUAAAAUGAAGUUAGUAUGCGGACACUGUGAUUUGUUUAUAAUUGGAUUAAGUAGGUUACGUGUACCGUUAUGAAUUCUUAUGAUCAUGUUAAGCGACUUUCUAGUAGAAAAUGCCAUUUUAAAGUAUUCUUAAUAUUUACACUUCGCAGUUCAUUACUGACAAACUUAAGUAUAGCUCGUGACGCGCCUGUAGAAGGGCACGAUUGUGAAAGAAUGCGCCAUUGUAGUAUCUGCAAAUUUUGUCAACAAGGGUUGGACGGAAACUGGGGCGCCGACUAGUUGACUAUGCACGGGGUCGUUGAUUGUUGCCCCGGAAAUGAUUGUAGCUGUCCUUAGUUUUCAAUGUUGAUAUCGUGUUAUUGAUCUUAAAAUGGAACUGAUUUGUGCCAAUAUGGCAUUUUUACCUCCCUACGUCGCUUCGUCGACAGUGACCAUCUCUUUGAAUCGACAACUCUCGUGAAAUACUUAGUUGCCCAAUUUUAUUAUUCUUGACAGGUACAGAAAACGGACAAAUGACAACUCUAUCAGCUUGCUGGGAUGGUAAGGUUGUGUGUAGCCUCGUUUCCGGUCCGGGCUUCACAUCGCUUUGAACAUGAAGCAGACUUCUGGGGUCUUGAUGAUCGAUGUGACACUCAUAGUUCCCAAGUAGAGAAAAAGAUGAGCCCUACGGAUCCAAAUCUACAUCGGAAUUACUGGAUGAACUCGAUGAGUGGAUCAAAGAAGAUUAAUUCCUGA